CGUGACACAGCCACAGGAGGUGACCACAGGGCUGGGGCACUGAGGUCACUGGUGGCAAAGGAGCGAGGAGCCCUGGGCAGAGCUCAUCCCACGGGAUCAGCUGAUCCUGAUCCCCCCCCGCAUGCCAGCCAUCUGGAUAUAAAUCCACGCUGCAGAGCCCUGUGCUCUGUCUGUGUUACUACCAUGGGACGGAGCUGCUACUUCCUCCUGCUCCUCUUCCUCCUGUUCCCGUGGCCCAGAGCCACCCUGGCACUCCUGCAGUACCGCCACGACUGUGGAGAGUUGGGAAUGCAGCUCCUGGUCUUCCCGCCCCAUGGCCGCACUGUCCGCUUCAAGGUUCUGGAUGAGUUUGGCUCCCGCUUUGACGUGGCCAACUGCUCCAUCUGCCUCCACUGGCUGAAUUCCAGGGAGGACGGUUCUGUCAUCUUCUCCUCCGGCUACAAGGGCUGCCACGUCCUGUUCAAGGAAAACCGCUACGUCCUCCGGGUGCAGCUGGAGGAGCUGCUGUCCAGCGGGAUCCCAGUCACCUCCUACGAGGUCAACAUGACCUGCCCCAAGCCAGGUGACUCUGAGAUGCUCCCGGAUGGAAAAUGGGAGCAGGGCCAGGACAGCAGAGUUACGAUCUCCCACACUGGCCUGCACCAGAUCUCUGAGUCCUCCCUUACCCUUUCGGGAUCCCAGCUCACAUCCCGAGAUCGCUUGGAGCAGGUUCACACCGUGGGACAGUACCCGCCCAGCUCAGUGCUUCCUGGCAUCCAGCACCAUUCCAAUCCAGCUCACUUGGGGCUUCUGUCACAGCCUGGUGGGGUUCAUUCUGUCACCCAAAUCCAGGGAAACUCCAUCCACCCGGGAGUGCAGCCCCCCCAGCCCGGGGGACAAAGCCAGCCAGGGAUUCUUCGCCCAGUGCUUGUAUCCCAAAACCAUCCCAGUGUGGUGCAUCCUGGGAGUCAGAGCCAGCCAGGGCACCUGCGUCCCAGCUUUGUAUCCCAAAACCAGCCUGGGAUGGUAUAUCCUGGGGGUCAAAACCAACCAGGGACUCGCCCAGGGUCUGUAUCCCAAAACCAUCCUGGGGGUCAAAACCAACCAGGGACUCGUCCAGGGUCUGUAUUCCACAACCAUCCUGGGGGUCAAAACCAACCAGGGACUCGCCCAGGGUCUGUAUUCCAAAACCAUCCUGGGGGUCAAAACCAACCAGGGACUCGCCCAGGGUUUGUAUCCCAAAUCCAUCCUGGGGGUCAAAACCAACCAGGGACUCGCCCAGGGUUUGUAUCCCACAACCAACCUGGCUUGACCUCCACUGGUGCCCAGACUCCAGCAGGAUUCCUGCGCCCCGUAGCUCAGCCUGCAAACCAGCCAGGAAUAUCUCGUCCCAGUUAUCACUCCAACUCCCAAACUGGGUCCCAAGGCCACAAUGGGCUGCUCCAUCCUGGUCAUCCCAGUCCAGCUUUUGUGCACCCAGGACUCUCAUCCUGGCCAGGUUUCAUCAGCCCUGGACUCCAGGCUCAGCCCCAGCCAGGCCUGGGACGCCCAGGGCUGCAGCCCCAGCCUGGAUUGCUGCAUCCUGGGAUUCACUCCCAGCCCAGCCUGCUGCAGCCCACAGCGCUCUUCUACCCUUCGGCAGGGGCAGGAAUGCAGCUGACACGGGAGCAGUGCCAGGUGCCAUUGGGCCGGAUGCCGUGCGUGGCUCCACAGGGACGGGACGGAUGUCUGCAGGCAGGAUGCUGCUACGACGACAUGGACCGUACCACACCCUGCUAUUAUGGGAAUACAGUCACGGUGCAGUGCCUGCUGGAGGGACACUUCGUCCUGGUGGUCCCACGGGGAAUGGUGUCCUCGCCCUACAACCUGGACAGCGUGCAGCUGGCCAGCAGCCAGGCGGGAUGUGAGCCCCUCCACGUGUCUGAGGCCUUCGUCAUGUUCCGCUUCCCUGUCACCCACUGUGGCACCACCGUCCAGGUGGUCGAGGACAGGUUGAUCUAUGAGAACCAGCUGAUCUCCACCAUCGAGGUCCAGGGAUCCCCCCGGGGCUCCAUCACUCGGGACAGCGUCUACAUUCUCAAGGCCCAGUGCAUCUACAACUCCAGCGACCUCCUUCCCUUGGGAGUGGAGGUGGCCGUGCCCCCCACAGCCGCCCCCCUGGCCAUGCCGGGCCCUCUGGGGCUCCAGCUGCGGAUUGCCACCGACGAAUCCUACAGCUCCUACCACCCUGUGGGUGAUUUCCCCUUGGUGAGGGUGCUCCGGGACCCCAUUUACGUGGAAGUCCGGCUGCUCCAGAAGACAGAUCCCAAUUUGGUGCUGGUGCUGCACCACUGCUGGGCCUCCCCUGGCCCCCAUGCCACAUCCCAGCCCCAGUGGCCCAUCCUGGUGGAGGGGUGUCCAUUCCAAGGGGACAACUACAGGACACGGCUGAUUCCAAUGGGUCCAGCCUCUCCGGAGCUGCCCUUCCCGAGCCACUACCAGCGCUUUGUCAUCUCCACCUUCGCCUUUGUGGAGACCCCUGGAAUGGCAGUGCUGGAGGGGGAGGUGUACAUCUCCUGCAGUGCUUCCGUGUGCCACCUGGCCCAGCCUGAGCCCUGCCGGCCCUCCUGCCAGCUGGGAGUGCCCUCACGAGUGCGGAGGUCUCUGGGAGACAGGACGACACGUGACAGCAUGGGGACAGUCACAUCCCAGGGAUGCAUUGUCCUUCCUGAGGUUCCCAAGAGAGAGGGAACUCGGCACAGAGGCUGAGGGCUCCAGACUCUACCUGGAUGCCGUUGGAUGUCUCUGGGAAAACUGGAAAAAUAAAACUGGUGCAGAGCACAG